UAAAGUUGUGAAGCCACACCCUCUCGGUGACUGUUAGCAAACACGUAGAAGUGCUUCGGACUCCUCGGAAGGGAAUAUUACAAUAAAACCUGGAUGUUGUUUUUUUGUUGGGUUUUUUAAAAAAUCCGUUUUCAUCCAUUUCGUCAGAAGAAGAGCGCGGACGCUUACUACCCCACACAGGAACCACCAGACCACCGUGAUGAUGAUGAUGCUCCACUAGAUGUUCUUUGAAAAGAUAAGGACAGACAUGUUUGGGCUACAACGUUUUUUGUUGUUGUUUACCGUGAAAAAACGGAUGGCUGAAGGUGGGAUUUCCGUUAAGUUUUGACUACAAAAAAAAAAUGGUCACCUCUAAAAGUUGUCGUCAAAGACUGGACUGAAUGCUUCCUUUCCUGCCAUUCUUCUCGCCAUUUCCGGUUUGUGGUGGCCACUGCUCUUAAUGGCUAAAAAUACUUGAAAAAAGUUUCCAGUAAAGUAGCAAAGCCCAGAUGAACUUUUGUCACGUUGGUGUAUAAUUGUCUUCAACAGGUGCCAAUAGACAGAGCUAAUGCUCUCAUUAUGAGGUUAUUCAACAGUCUGCAAAGUACAGGCUGCUGAGAUUACAUUGUGCUCUAACCAUGCGUUGGGAAACCACACACUGCAUGACUGCAAACCACAGCAAUCGGAAUCUGUGCUAAUCCACACGGCCCCUAAUCUGCCCCCCUCCCCCCACCCCUCCCCACCAUGCUGCAUCAAUUCGAUCCAUUAACCCUGUUGCAGAUUGUCCGUCGCCAGCAAACCGGCGAACUUUUCAUUCAUCCCUGAUGAGCCAACAAGACCGACAGGAAAGGGAGCGAGGCGCAAUAAAGUACUCCUUUGUACUUUAUUUUCAAACCCGUGGGCCGCAGAGUCAGAUCCAGUCAAAGCAACCGCCAUGGAGCCGCUGAAGAACAUAUUCAGCCGAGGCCCGUUGUCCAGCUGGAAGAACUUGGAUCAGUCGCAGAAAGGCAGCUUUGCCAACCCCGUGUGGACGGCCUUAUUCGACUAUGAGGCGUCCUGCAAAGAUGAGCUGACGCUACGAAAGGGCGACCUGGUGGAGGUCCUGUCAUUGGACUCUGAGAUAUCCGGGGACGAAGGUUGGUGGGCGGGUAAGGUGAACAACAAGGUGGGCAUCUUCCCCUCCAACUAUGGGUCCUUCAAACCCAGCAGCUAUGGGAAGCUGCCAGGCAGUGGCGUGGUUGGGGAGCUGGGCGAGUUGGAGCCGGAGGUGGUGAACUUUCGCGAGCUCAGCCUGGAGGAGGUCAUUGGGGUGGGCGGCUUUGGGAAGGUGUACCGCGGCACGUGGCGAGGCGGGCUAGUGGCAGUUAAGGCCGCCCGCCAGGACCCUGAUGAGGACAUCAGCGUGACUGCGCAGAACGUCCGACAGGAGGCGCGUCUCUUCGCCAUGCUCACCCACCCCAACAUCAUCACCCUGAAGGGCGUCUGCCUGCAGGAGCCCAACCUGUGCCUCAUCAUGGAGUACGCCUCUGGUGGGCCGUUGAGCCGGGCGCUGGCUGGCCGACGCAUCCCGCCUCACGUCCUCGUCAACUGGGCCGUGCAGAUCGCUCGAGGGAUGCUGUACCUGCACAGUGAGGCUAUCGUCCCCGUCAUCCACCGAGACCUCAAAUCCAACAACAUCCUUCUGGCCCAGCCUAUCGAGAACGAAUGCAUGGAGGGACUGACGCUGAAGAUAACCGACUUCGGCCUGGCCAGGGAGUGGCACAAAACCACCAAGAUGAGCACAGCCGGCACCUACGCAUGGAUGGCCCCCGAGGUCAUCAAGUCUUCCACCUUCUCCAAGGGCAGCGAUGUCUGGAGUUACGGUGUUCUGCUGUGGGAGCUGCUGACGGGUGAGGCACCCUACAGAGGCAUCGAUGGGCUCGCUGUGGCCUACGGCGUUGCCGUCAACAAACUCACCCUGCCCAUCCCCUCCACGUGCCCGGAGCCCUUCGCUCAGCUCAUGUCAGAGUGCUGGGACCAAGACCCCCAUCGAAGACCCAACUUUGGCUCCAUCCUGGCCCAGCUGACGGCCCUGGAGCAGCAGGUGAUGGAGGAGAUGCCUCAGGACUCCUUCCACUCCCUACAGGAAGACUGGAAGCUGGAGAUUCAGGACAUGUUUGAUGAGCUCCGCGCCAAGGAAAAGGAGCUGCGCUGCCGUGAGGAGGAGCUGAAGCGGGCGGCGCUGGAGCAGAAAUCCCACGAGGAGUUCCUGCGCCAGCGUGAGCAGCAGCUGGCCCAGUGGGAGCAGGACGUGUUCGAGCGCGAGCUCAGCCUCCUCAUCCUGCACCUUAACCAGAACCAGAACCAGGAGAAACCCAACGUCAAAAAGCGCAAGGGCACCUUCAAGAAGCACAAGCUCAAAUGCAAGAACGGCGAGAAGAUCAGCAUGCCCCAAGAUUUCAUCCACAAGAUCACAGUGCAGGCGUCACCAGGCCUAGAGAAGAGGCGAAACUCACCCGAUUUGGGCUCGGGCUCCUCGUCCUCCUUUGGCCCGCGUUUCCGUGCAAUCCAGCUGAGUCCCUGUGACAGCAACAGGACGUUUGGUCUGAGCCCCGUGUGGCCCCUUGAGGCCCCCUCCCACAAGCAAGCCAACGGAGAACAGAGGCUGAGUCCCCACUGGAGGCCCCAGAGCCCCAAAAGCCCCAAGAGCCCCAAGGUCCUGCGCCUGAGUCCUCAGGAGAGCAGUCUGUCCAUGAGAGCCAAGCUGCUGGUGUCUGACAGCAACGAGAAUGGCGAAUCCAAGGACGACUUUGAGGAGUACAGACCCUCCACACCGACCCCUUCCCUGGCUCACAACGGCUCAUCUGUGAAGGACAGUCUGCGGCUUCCUCUUCCACAAGGAGACCCGGGCAGUGAAGAGGCCGGCGCCUCGCCAGCUGGCUCUCCAGAUCGGGGUCCUCUCAACCUGAUUAAGAGCACCCACCGGGCCUUGCUCAGCAGCGCCUCCCUCUUAGCCUCACUUGGCUUGGGUCGCUGCUUGGAUGUCUCCCCAAAAGUGCCCCCUCGGACUAAUCCUCCCUCCCUCGAGGAGUGUGCGCCCUCCAACGUGGAGAGCUCGCCCACAAAGCCUCUCGUUCCGGAACCCCCUGUCGUGGAUGACCUUAUCACAUUCUCCUCCUCCGAGCCACUUCCCAAGCCACUUUUGGAUUUAGCCGUGCGGUGCCAAGAAAUCAGGUCGCUGCCCCCACCUAACCCUCGCGAGAGGGGUGACCACAGGAUGCAGCAUGCACCCCCCAGCCCCCUGAGUGGCGCUGGGGACGUGGGCCCCGUGGAGCAGAACUGCAGUGGUCGAUCGAGCAAUGGGGAUGUCGGAUGCGAUGGCUUGGAGCACAGAGGUGACCGGAGGAGGAGGUCUUGUCAAGGCCUGCAUGGCACUCAGCUUGUUCUGGAUCUGCCCCUGUGUCAAGACACUCAGGACUCUCAUGAAAAACCCUCAACGCCCUACUCUCUCCAACCUAACCCCGCCCUUUGGAGUCCCAACACCCGCCGCCUGGAGGUAAGCGUUAUCCCCCGCCCUCGUCCCUCACCCAUACGACACCGCAUCGACCCGUGGAGCUUCAUCUCAGCCGGUGGCGGUGGUUCCACUGUCAAUCGCUCAGACAGUGCCCCUCUGGGGUACCAGCCCUCCCCGACCAACCCCUUCACCAAUUGCCACCCCUUCCCCUCGCCAGACUGCGACCCCUUCACCCUCCGCGCCGACCCCUCGGGCGCCUUGGACAGGGCGUCGCUCUUCGACCCCUUCUCAACGCCGUUCCCCACCUCGCGCUCGGCGCCGUGCUCCGCUAACGGCUCGCCCACGCUGCCAUCGUUCCGCAUCGCGCCGCUCAACCCGGCAGACUCGCCACUCAUCGACCUGGGCUGGGCGGCAUGCAACAAGCCCCUGGAUGGAACCAAAGAGAGAGCCCACCCUCGAAGGACUCUAGGGCUCAAACCUUUCAAGUCCCCGACGCAGCUCAGAGACGACAGGUUCUAAAGUCCACAAGGAGCCUUUUAUCGAAGGUCCCCAACAUUUUAACAAGGACUCCUUCACACAUCCCACUGGGGCCUGCUGCUUUGGAACGCUGAAACGUUCCAUGGGAUAGCGGCAUAGCUGGCUGUGAAGCAAGAGCUCGUUCUUUCUCUUUGUGUUUCUUUUGGACACCCAUCAGUCUUCCCAUCUACUCCCGUCUCUGCCGGCAACAAUACAGAGGUGGAUCAGGCCACCCCCGACCUACCUCUGUGCCGACAGAAAGCAAUCAGGACAUUUUGGAGUGCCUUGUUUUGUGAAGUGUUCAUUUCAUCCAUGUGGUGCGCAGGGAAGACGCUUGGAAUUUGUCUUCAAAGCAGAAAACACGUCCAGCUUCAGCUUCCGCCAGCUGUGUUGCGGGAGGUAAAACGGCCGCUACAAAGAAAAGAAGGAGAUAACAUUCCCGCACAAUGCCCAGGAUUGGACAUUGAAUGUGCCAUAAGCGCCCGUCGAGGUGAAAUCCCACUUCUUACACCAAAGAGAGCCUCUGUGACAAGUCUUCAGUCUUAAAUCACUCAACGUACAGUAUGUUAAUUAUUGGUUAAUAGGCACCACUAGGGAUGGGCAUUCAACCCAACAUUUUAAAACCGCAGGACCCCGGUAAGUUAAUCACGCAAUAUCGCAAAAUGACCCAUUUCCACAUAAUGUCAGCUAAAAGCUAAAUGCUAACACAAGACAAUUUAAACCACGAGCCCUUAAAUAAGGCAAACGUAGAGAACAAUCAAACUGUCAGAGACCAGCAUAUGUAUAAUAAUUUUAUAAAAGAAAACACUAAUGCGACAAAAUUUGCCUCAUUUGAAAGGAGCACUUAGCCAUUCCAAAACGAAGUGUCAUUCCACUAGCGCUAAAACUCACUGAAUAAGCAGUAUUGAUAUGUCAUGUUUCACAGCUACAGUAAGCAUCAAAGCCUCCUCUUUAUUUUGAUGCCAAGGUCAUCCAUGUAGAGCGUAAAUGCAGAGAAAAGCUUGAUUUGGGUUAUGUGGUCUUUUUUUGGGGGGGGGGGUAGCAAAAUGGCACAGUGUUUAAGAAUCCAUGAUCAUCUACAGUCGUCUCUCGCUACAUCACUUCCUCACUGUAUCGCGUUUUUUCAAAAAUGUGUUCAUCAAUAAAAUGGCACAGUGUUUAAGAAUCCAUGAUCGUCUACAGUCGUCUCUCGCUACAUCGCUUCCUCACUCUAUCGCGUUGUUUCAAAAAUGUGUUCAUCAAUAAAUGAUUGCUGUUUUAUGCUUGACUAUGGCCUGUUAGUCAAAAAAUAUUGCGAGACGACCAGUUAUGUGUAGCAUUCUGCUCACGAGGUGUCAGUAAUGUUACAUUGAUGAGACAUGACAUUAUAUUACAUUACCUUCACACUGCAUGGAGUCAGCCAUGGAAGUGGUACGUUUUUGGCUUCUUAGUUUGUCCUCCUUCCCCACUCCGUUUGAAACACCUAAAUUUAGAACAAAUAAAUUGGAGGCUAACUAGCUAGCUUCGUAUGCUAUGAGCGGCAGCCGUCUCUUAUAUCCCUGCAGUGAUCCCGUUGCCUGCGCAAAGUGGUGUAAACAAAGAAUAACGAGAGCAUAAAGGUGACUAUAGGGUUGUUAUUUCAUCUCUACAGGGCUCUAAUAAUGUUAAAAUUCGUAUGUAGAAAGUCAUAAACAGGUUUUUUAUGCUCUAACUACAAAGGUAUUCAGUUUAUUAUUAUUGCAUCCUACUUCACAGAAAUUUGCUUAUUGCAGUCUGUUCUGGAACCAAUUAACCACGAUAAACGAGAGAUGACUGUAUGUGGAAAAAGUCAUUCAAUAAUUGGUUAUUUUAGAUGGUAAAAAAAAUCUAUUUUCCUCAUUUAAAGAGACGUUUUAACCAGUUAGCACGGGUGCUAGUAGUGGCUAACUGGUGGACUUCAGUUGUUUCAGACCCUACUAAUCAAUCAAUUCAUCAAUUCCACUGGAUUAAUAAUGAUGCCCAUCCCUACUUGAAGGUGGGCUAGUGAGUUGUCUUGGUUUGUAAGGCAGGAAUAAAUGCAUUCCACUCUGGAGAUAGUAUUCCGACACAGUGCACAAUACCGCUUCUUAGACCAAAUGGAGCUGCUCUGACAAUGUACGUACGUCUUAAAUCUUACUUUAAUAGAAACACUGUCCAUACACUUUCCCCCCAUUUUGUUUUGGGGAAAGUUGGCACAAAAGCUUUAAAGUGGAAGUAAAUACUAAGUUGACAUUCCGCUAAUUGCGUCCGAGCACUCUGUAAAAUGACCAGCUACUUCCCAAGGUAAUUAUGGAGUUUAGCCACUUAGUUUAGGACUAAUCGACACCACAUUUUGGGAAUUCUACGAAAUGUCCAUCAACCAUGGGGAACAAUAAACAACCAAAUAUCCAAUGAAUUAUUUUUCGAUGACCAAGUAUUUUCUCCAACUUUAAUUUGAAGAAUAACACUUUUUAACACCGUGUCAACAGCAGCAUUGCACUCAAUUGCUCAGGAUGUGAUUAAUCAAAUCAACUAGACGAAUGGAUCUUUAUGCCCAUCCCUAGUUCCAAGUGGUGUCUGGUUUAGUAAGGCCGGAGUAGUCUUAAUAGUUGUUGGGAGAUUCCUUUUGGAGUGAUGCCACAUCAUGCUAUGUCUUUUCAAGCGUCUGUUAGCAUAACGGGUGCAGGUCAAGCAGCUGAAAGAGACCCACUAAAUAAACCAAACAAAAAACACAAUGAAUGGUGACACACUGUGUAAUUGGAGGACAUUGGCGAGCUUUGCUCGAAUGAAGAGCGAAAAGCUGGAGGAAUUUGUGAUUUGUGUAAAAAUCCCGCCUGAUGAAAAUAGCGAGCUUCUGUUGUCAUUGUUUUCAUUUCAAUCCAGUUCCUGCUCGUUGUCUCAAGUUGCAAUGUAUUUUUUUAGGAAUGGAAGCAAAGAUCUACCCCAAGCUUUUCGGACAAGCUAGCCCUAAAGUUUGUGAAGUGAGUACAUCGGUUUGGGUUUCGAACUAGGGCUUCAAUUAGGGGGUUUUGAAUGAGGGUUCAGGGUUUCAAACUAGGGUUACUAUGAAGUGUGUAGUAGUAGUGCCAGGGUUUCAAAAUGGGGUUACUGCGAAGUACACACAAGGGCCCGAGUUUCAAAUUAGGGUUCCUGUGAAGUGCGUAGUAGGGUUACGGUUUCAAACUGGGGUUACUGCAAAGUACGUACGAGGGUUAGGGUUUCAAACUAGGGUUUUUAAACUAAUGUUGGGGUUUCAAAGAAGGGAGCCCGCCCCCCACAACUGUUGGCCCUUCACUUGCUGGGUUAUGAAAGCUGGCAUGAAGGUGAAAUCAAGUCUGUGUGCUCUGUUAUUCAUGGUGUAUCGAGAUGAGACCAUUUGUAGCGACUUCGAAUUGCCUGGGACAGAGCCCAUCCCCAACUUUGUAGGAUAUUUUAUAGAGUCUCAAGUGUUACCAUUGAAAAUGAAUGGGCGGACAGGCUAAUGCAUUAUGUUUUGGGCACUGGAAGUUUGUAUGAAGAUUAAACCAAGCAAACAC